GGCUCUAGGUGACAGUCAGUAUAUUAGACUUCCCGAAGAGAGAAGAAGAAACCGUCUGCUACAACCUGUUGACUGUUGUGAGUUGAGACGCGCUUCUCGCUUGUUUCUUAUAGGAGCGUGAGAAGGUUCAGGACCUGUACUUUGCUCUCCUCCACCGGCCACAGCGGCUUUCAAUCGCAUACCGGAGCAAGCUGGAUUCCCGGAGUUCUUCACCAUGUGUGGCGGGGUUUAGGUACUCAAUGGAGCACGCUAACUUGUACGAGGUCGCCCCUCGGCCGCUGAUGACCCCCGUCGCCCCGCACAGCACCUGCUACAAAGACCCCCCGCAGCAGGGCGACUUCCGCCACAUCAGUGAAAUCUGCGACAAUGAGAACUCUAUCGACAUCAGCGCCUACAUCGACCCCUCGGCCUUCAACGACGAGUUCCUGGCAGACUUAUUUCACCACAACUCCAAACAGGAGAAGCUGCGACUGAUGAACGGCGAGUACGAGUACAACCAGGGCAGCAGCGGUCACCCGGGCCCCCCGCCGCACCAACAGCACCAACAGCACCAGCAGCAACAUCAGCAGCAGCAGGUGUACCCGGGUCACCCGGGCUACCUGGACUCAUCCAAACUGGAGCCCGUGUUCGACAGCCUCUCCACCAGGAUCAGACCGGUGGCCAUCAAGCAGGAGCCCCGGGACGACGAUGACAUGAGCCAGUCCAUCGCGCCCAACUACCCUCAUCACUCCCACCACCCCCAUAACCCCCAGCACCUCCCGCACCUCCAGUACCAGAUUGCGCACUGUGCGCAAACGACCAUGCACCUCCAGCCCGGGCACCCGACGCCGCCGCCGACCCCCGUGCCCAGCCCGCUGCAGCAGCAGCACAGUGGGGUGACCGCGGCGCACAUGAAGAUGCUGGGUGGCGGCGAGCGGAUCAAGAAGAAGCGCGUCGACAAGAACAGCCCCGAGUACCGCAUGAGGAGGGAGAGGAACAACGUGGCCGUGAGGAAGAGCAGAGACAAGGCCAAGAUGCGCAACGUGGAGACGCAACACAAGGUGGUCGAGUUGGCGUCCGACAACGAUAGGCUGCGCAAACGAGUGGAGCACCUGACCCGGGAGCUGGACACGUUAAGGGGCAUCUUCCGACAGCUCCCUGACGGCUCCUUUAAACCCAUGGGCAGUUGUCAGUGAAGCCGGACUAUAAACAUUUUGGACUUACAUGAACAUUUGAUGACACAUACUUGUAUAGUUGGACACUGCUAGAUCCUGAGGAGGAAUCAAAAGUGCGCAACAGUUGUUGAGGGUCAGGCAGCUGAGAAUACAUGUGCCUUUCUAACACACAAUAAGCUCAUCCCCGCGUCUACACGGUGGACUUAAAGUCGUCUUGUGCCUUUUUGUAUAAAAUGGUGUGAUUUGUCACGCUGGACUUAUAUCCGUGCAGCUAAAGCGGGACACGGUCAUUUAAACCACAACCGUCGCCUGUUUGGGGUGCAAGUUACCAACAAUUUCUCUCUACAUUCUCUUUAUAGCGCUGUACAAUUCACAAUGCUUAAAGACUCUCUUCAUAUGUCUGUGUGUGUUAUUUACAUCAAUAACUGCAGUUUAUUGAACAAUAGGCCCAUAUUCCAUGGUACACAAUAUAUCCACUUGUUGCGGUCUGCAGAAUGCCCAAAACAGACCCGAGAUCAGCUGUGGUAUACCUGCGCAACCUGCUGUGUGCGCUAAAUGUCGUCCAAACGCGUUAACGCGGCAAAAUGAAGCAAAUUGUAUUUUUCCAGAAUGUCUUACGGUUACUGAUCUUCGAGUCGUGGACCGUCGUUGACUAUUUAUGUGUUGCCGAUCAGAGGGGAACGCGAGAGGGCUUCUAUGCAACGCGUUCACCUGUGAGUCCGCGCUGUGCACCGUCCGAGGGAACCACCGCCCUUCUCUGUGCCUUCAACCUUUUAUGUGCUCUGAACGCUUUAGAUUCAUCUCGAACUCAUUUUAGAGUAAGAAAUCAAAGACAAGGAAGCACUUUGCCAGUUACGCCAAUGUUAUACCAAUGUUUCGAUAUGUCUCAAUUGUAAAAUACAGCUAUAUAUUUGUUUAUGUGUGUGUAUUCACCAAACAUGUCUACAUAAUUGUAAUAAAAAGUGCCCAUUUUACUUGGCUUGUCCUGAAUCGGUUUUAUACUCC